AUGGCGAAUGUGGAUUUGGCUACGUACCGCAUCAGAAUCGGUCUAUUUCGAGGCGGUUGUAGAACUAAAGAAAAGGGAACAUCGAUUUCUGUUUCACAACUCUCGGAUUAUUCUACGAGACUGUCUUUAGCAAUCCUGACAGUUGUGUUUGCAUUGCUUGUUGUUCACGGAAUUGAGAAGAAUCCGGGGCCAGGAUCAUCGGAUCAAAAUCGUGUCAAUGGAGAAUCUAGUGUUGGCCCAAAAGAGUCUGCAAUCACUGAACUUGAGAAUGCUUUCUACGAGACAAUAGACAAGUUUCCACUGCAACAAUUCAAAAUAUUUGCUCAAUCGAAAAAUGGUCUCGUCCUCCGUUAUCGAGAAGUUUAUGAUAUUACGGAUCACAGCUUGGAAUCAGUAGAUGAACAGAAAUAUGCUGUUCUAUCCCUCUGGAAAGAGAAAAAUGGAGAAAACGGAACCGCGGAAAGAAUAAAAGAAGUUGUUAACAAUUUCAUUGGGCUCGAGUCAAGAAAAGAUGUAAUUGAAGAUUUUGAACCAGGUGCGAGAUUUGAAGAUGUUUUCCUCGAUUUACCGAGAAGGUUUCUGAACAUCGCUGAGUUUAAACGUUUCGCAUUAUCGAAAAAUGGAUUGUCUUUAAGCUUGAGCGAUGUUACCUCCAUUGAAGAUGAUACAAAAUACUCCUCCCUUGAUCAAAUGCUUAGCAUGCUUUGGUUGUGGAAGGAAAACGCUGGUGAUUCCGCAUCGACGACGCCUAUCAUGGGAAUACUUAAUAACUAUAAAGAAAAUCAACAUCCACAAUCGGACGUCCAAGACGAAAGAAUUGAAGACAUCUUUCUCAAAAUUAUCGAAACAUUUCACAGCCUAUCCGAGUUCAGAGAAUUUGCAAGAUCUAGCAAUGGAUUAUCACUGAAUAGCGUCGACGUUACUAUGAUUGAGCAAGAUUCAAAAACGACUUUCGAUAAAAAGCUUAGCAUGCUUCGACUGUGGAAACAAAAUACUGAUAAUCUUGCAACAACAGCAACAAUCAGAGAAAUAGUUAAAAAAUAUGAGAAUGUCACGCAUCAGACAACAUACCAAGCAGGUGAACCCGUUCCUCGGCUACCUUUGCAGGCAGAACAAGAAAGCUCGAAUAAAGAAAACACAUCUGCGACUUCAGCAGAAACAGAAUUUGUCGCAAAUGUUAACGACAACACUCGCAAAGACAUUGAGUAUGACGUUCGAUCAGUUUUUGAAGAUCUGAACAGAUUAGAAGAAGAAGUUCAUCCAAAGCUCACGGUGGCCAAUUUCAAAAAUCUAUCUGGCAACGAAGCUCUCGGUCAAUCAAACGCAAUUGGAACGGAUAACAUUCAAAUAAGUCUCGAUCAAUUACACGAUGACUUAAAAGGAACCCAUGUAAUGCUGCUGGGAGACGCCGGAUCUGGAAAAACAAUUUCGGCCAAGAAAUACGCAAAAAUGUUUUUUAAGAAGGGUUGUAACGUUCUGAAAAAUACUAUAAUGAUCUUUUAUAUCUCUGUUUCCGAUCUCCAACACGAAACAAAGUGGACCGCAUUUGAUUUGUUAAUUACGCCACUAAUUGGCCUUCCAACUGAAUUGAAGAAAGCGGGUGAAGGGUGGGUGCAAAAAAAUGCGGACAAAAUUCUCCUAAUUCUAGACGGACUUGAUCGAGCAGGCAAACCAUUUGGAGGACCAUAUCCAAAAGUUCAUGAUCUAAAUAUGAAUUGGGAAACAAACACAAUUUUGGCGAACAUUUUAUCCGGUUUCUUAUAUCCAGGCAUGAGAAUCUUAUCCACUUCCCGUUGGAGCACAUUUUGGAAAUUGGAUUCAAAACAAAAACCUUCAAAGGCUGUAGUUCUUGAAAGUUUCAACGACGAUGAAAUUCCAAACAUAUUAUCAAAUUUGGUUGUAUCUAACGCCAGAGAAGAAGCAUUGCAAAAUGAGAUUUCCCAAAGCCUAAAUAUCGUUUCUCUGUGUAAGAAUCCAAUGUUUCUUAUCUACAUGGCCAAAGUUCUUAAACAAACCGAUACCAAAAUACCAGAAACAGAGUCUGAGAUCAUAGUUUCCGUUCUAAAUUUUUUUUCCCAUUCUGAACACUUUAAUGCAGACAUUCAAAAACUAACGAAGCUUGCAUUUUCUGGAAUUGAAAAUAAUAUCUUCUCUUUUUCCGCAUUUCAUGCUGAAAAACAUGGUUUAGAAGUAUCGGAUCUACAAGGUAUUAUGACAACAAAAGCAGAGCCGGAACCUCAUCAAUUGUGCAUCGGAAAAAUGGAUCUAAAUUUUGAAUUUUUACAUCAAACUAUGCAAGAAUUACUGGCCGCUUUGGAGUUAUUCAAUUUUCAAGUAGAACGAUUCCGUGAAUUUGUCUCGGUCGAACUUAACAAACCUCAGUGGCAAGCAACUCGUAAAUUCUUCUAUGGAAUCGUCUUGAACCCCAUGACAAGCAAACUCGCAGAAAAGUAUGUGAGAGACAAAAAUAUUAGCCUUCUUCAUUGCGUACAGUUUCUUGAGUCUCAACUCAAGUCGUUUCUCAGCAGUGGGACGAUUACAGACAUUGAACUCGUUUCUCUCCUACACGAAUGCGGUCCGAACGCAAUAUCUAAAAUAAAACAUUUGAUCAAAGAAAUGAAGAUUUCACGGGAUACCCCUGAUUUUGCGCAAUUGAAACCGGGUGAACACUACGCCCUGGCACACGUUUCCAAUGAGUGUCUGCCGCUAGAAUGCUUCAGCGUUGAAAGGAUAAACCUAAAUUCGAAUAUACUACAACUCAUGCAAGACUCCUCAAAAUCGGUUGAUGUGAUGAAAAUCCAUGGUAUUUGCGUUAAAGACAAAACAUUAGAUUUUGAACUGUUUCGGAAGUCUGCUGAACUUGCAUCAACUGCAGAAUCUGAGUAUUUUGGAUUUGUAGAUUCAAAUCUGAAUAUUGAUAAAUUAUCUUCCUUUAUUCGGGGAGCUUCAGAAUAUAAAUUGCGGAUGAAUCAAUUUGUCCUAUUCGACAAGAUCAUGGGGUCCGGAGCAUUCUACAAAUUUGCUCAAGUUGCAUCAAUUACAGGAGCAGAAGUAUUGCAGUUUAGCGACUGUAAUCUGACAAGUGAAAAAAUGAAUGCAUUUGCACGGGGAGUCACUGAUUUCGGUUUGAAAAUCAAUCGAUUUUUCCUAUCUGACAAAACCAUGGAGUCCGAAACAUUUCAUAAAUUUGCUCAAGUUGCCUCAAGCACAGGAGCAGAUGAAGUGGAGUUUAGCGACUGUAAUCUGACAAGUGAAAAACUGAAUGCAUUUGCACAGGGAGCCACCGAUUUCGGUUUGAAAAUCAAUUAUUUGCAUCUACAGAACGAGACCAUAGACACCGAAGCAUUCCAUAAAUUCGCUCAAGUUGCUUCAACUACAAAAGCAGAGACUGUGCAUUUUACCAACUGUAGUCUGACAAGUGAAAACCUGACUGCAUUUGCACGGGGGGCGACUGAUAUUGGCUUAACAAUCAAACAAUUUGUCGUAUCAGACAAGACCAUGGAAUCCGAAGCGUUUCAUAAAUUUGCUGAAGUUGCCUCAACCAUAGGAGCGAAUGCGGUGCAUUUUGGCGACUGUAAUCUUACAAGUAAAAAACUGAAUGCAUUGGCACAGGGAGUUACUGAUUUCGGUUUGAAAAUCAAUCACUUUGGCCUAUUUGACAAGGCCAUGGAGUCCGAAGCAUUUCAUAAAUUUGCUCAAGUUACCUCAACUACAGGAGCAGAUGUAUUGGAGUUUGGGGACUGUAAUCUGACAAGUGAAAAACUGAAUGCAUUUGCACAGGGAGCCAUAGACUUUGGUUUGAAAAUCAGUUGUUUAAUCAUAGCAUACAAAACCAUGGAGUGCGAAGCAUUCCACAAUAUCGCUGAAGUUGCCUCAAUUACAAAAGCAAAAAUUAUGACGUUUGCCGACUGCCUGGCAAGCAAAGAACUAAAUAUAUUUAAGCAGGGAGCAAUUGAUUGUGACUUGAAAAUCAAUUCUUUAAACCUAUUUGACAAGACCAUGGAGUUCGAAGCAUUUCAUAUAUUUGCACAAAUUGCUUCAAUUGUUGAAACAAGUGAAGUGAAGUUUAACGACUGCAAUUUGACAAUUGAAAAACUGAAAGCAUUUGCACAAGGAGCAACUGAUUCCAAUUUGAAAGUAAGAAAUUGGAAUAUCGUAUUACAAACUUUUAUUAUUUAA